CCAUCCCUGCUGAUGCCAGGCUGGCAGCAGAGAGGAGCAGGGGAUAAAAGUGGGAGGCAGCCUGAGCACGUCAGUCUGGUCCCAGAUGGCCAAGCUCCCUCUGCUCACCGGCCUGGCCCUGCUGCUGAACGCCCACCUCGGCACUGCCCAUGUGCUGAGCUGUUACUUCACCAACUGGGCCCAGUACCGGCCUGGCCCGGGCAAGUUCACCCCUGAGAACAUCGACCCCAACCUGUGCAACCACCUGAUCUACGCCUUCGCCGGCAUGAACAACAACGAGAUCUCCACGUCCGAGUGGAACGACGAGACCCUCUACAAGUCCUUCAACGGCCUCAAGAAGCAGAACAGGAACCUGAAGACCCUGCUGGCGAUUGGAGGAGGGAGUUUCGGCACGCAGAAGUUCUCCACCAUGGUCUCCACUCCCCAGAACCGCCAGAUCUUCAUCAAGUCGGUCGUCAAAUUCCUGCGGCAGCACGGAUUUGAUGGGCUGGACCUGGACUGGGAAUACCCCGGCUCCAGGGGCAGCCCUGCCCAGGACAAGGCUCUCUUCACCCUCCUGGUUAAGGAGCUGCGGGCAGCCUUCGAGCAGGAGGCCAAAGAGAGCGGCCAGCCCCGGCUCAUGGUCACCGCCGCUGUGGCCGCCGGACUUGCCACCAUCCAGGCCGGCUACGAGAUUGCUGAGCUGGGCAAGCACCUGGAUUACAUCCAUGUCAUGACCUACGACUUCCACGGCUCCUGGGAGAGGAACACGGGUGAGAACAGCCCCCUGCGCAGCGGUGACGACAAAUACUUCAACGUCGAAUACGCCAUGAAUUAUUGGAAGAGCAAUGGUGCCCCGGCUGAGAAGCUCCUGGUGGGAUUCCCAACCUAUGGGAAGAGCUUCACCCUGCAGAACCCAUCCGACACCUCCGUUGGGGCUCCAGCAUCCGGCCCUGGCCCCGCCGGGCCCUACACCAGGGAGGCCGGAACUCUGGCUUACCACGAGAUCUGCACCUUCCUGAACUCCGGAGCCACCCAGGCUUGGCAUGGCCCCCAGGAUGUCCCCUACGCCUACAAGGGCAACGAAUGGGUCGGCUACGACAACGUCAGGAGCUUCGGCCUCAAGGUGGAUUGGCUGAAGAACAACAACUUUGGAGGAGCCAUGGUGUGGGAUCUGGACAUGGAUGACUUCACUGGGGAUUUCUGCAAGGAGGGCAAAUACCCGCUGAUCUCCAGCCUGAAGAAGGGCCUGGGGCUGUGAACGUGCCGUGAGUGACGGGAGGGACACGGGCUGGGGGCCCCGAAGGACACGGUGGGGUGGGCAUGGGGGGCGUUGCAAACAUCAGCCCUUCCCCGACGUGUCUCUCACUCACUUCCUCAGAAUUUUAAAUGUUUAUUAAAACCUUAUGCAAAAAUACAAGAGAAGUCUGAAU